AUGCCCCCAGUCGCCGCCAUGGACUCUGCCCCGGAACAGGAUUUCGACCAGGCAAAACGAUCGCUCGAGUCGGUCGCUCGUAUCAAGCAACUUCUGAACGACCUAUACACCUGCGAAACCAGUGACGAUUGUGUCGCCAUUGCGGCGGACUUGGGUGAAGCCGUUCAAGCCGGCGGUCUGCACAUGCUUCGCACUGCUGGUGUCCUCGACAACCUCUCUCGCGAAGCUCAGAACAAAAAGUCCGGUCUGGCGAGGGAAGGAGCCCUGCUCGGUCUUCACGGACUCGUCCGGGUCAUAGGGCGACCCAUCGAACCCCACUUUCUCCCUCUGCUUCCCAUCCUCCUUGACAGCUAUGCGGACAAGGGUCAACCCGUGAGAGAGGCCGCUGAGAUGGCCGUCAACGCUCUCCUCGGCGUUGUAUCACCGUACUCCACCCGCAACAUCCUCCCUUACCUGUUCGAAGCCAUGACGAGAAAGUGGCAAACGAUGGUUGGGGCUCUGGAAGCAUUGUCAAAGUUGGCUGCAACUGCACCGGACCAGAUCGCUCUUGCCCUCCCUGAGAUCAUCCCCAACGUCACCGAGCGGUUGCACGACACCAAAGCCGAAGUGGAAAAAGCAGCAACAAAGUGUAUGACAGAUGUCUGCGCCGUCGCCAACAACCCCGACAUUGCUCCUCACCUUCCCAUGCUGGUGUCCUGCAUGGCCAGGCCCACCGAAGUACCCGACUGUGUGCAGAAGCUUUCUGCUACCACUUUCGUUGCUGAAGUCACAGGACCGGCAUUGGCCAUCAUGGUCCCCCUCCUCGUUCGUGCCUUGAACGAGCGAUCCAUGGCCGUCGUCCGCCCAACAACCGUCAUCACCGACAAUCUUUGCAAGUUGGUCAGGGAUCCCGCGGAAGCUGGACAAUUCUUACCCCAGCUAUUGCCUGGUCUUGACAAGUUGAUCGAGACGGCCGCCUUCCCUGAAAUUCGUCAGCUUGCAACCGUCGCAAAGAACACGCUCAUGCGUGCCGGAGGAGAUGUAGCAGCGUCUGGUGCCGACUUGAAAGAUUCGCUGACAAUCGAGUCUGUGAACCAAGUCUUGGCCCGUCUCCGAGCGUACCUCGCCGAAGUCGCCCGCUGGAAGGACACCGACCCCUUCGCCGCCGUCUCCAUCAACCACGUUGGUAGCGUGUUGCACGAACUUCUCGUUGCUGAGGAUUACCACGACGAGGCAUGGCAACAGAACUGCUCCCCGUACCUGGCCGCGUUUAUCCCCAAGCCCCAAGCCGACGCUGUGCUCGGCAAGCUCGCGACGCACUACCGCCACGUCGAACACGAGCGUCGUCUGAGAGAGUCCGGUCUCGACAAGGAAGAGGGCGAGGAACUCUGCUCUUGCGAUUUCUCCCUCGCCUACGGUGGAAUGAUGUUGCUGAACCACACCACCCUCCGUCUCAUGCGCGGCCGUCGCUACGGUCUCUGCGGGCACAACGGCGCCGGCAAAUCCACGCUCAUGCGCGCCAUCUCCAAGGGCAAGGUCGAGAACUUCCCACCCCAAGACCAGCUCCGCGCGGUCCUCGUCGAGCACUCCCUGCAGGGCGAGGACACCUCCCUGCCCGUGCUCGAUUUCGUCGCUACUGACAAGCGUCUGGCAGGUAUCUCUCGCGACGCGAUUGAGAAGGCCCUCCGGGACGUGCAGUUCGACGACGAACGCAUUGCGCAGCAGGUCGGGAGCCUCUCCGGAGGCUGGAAGAUGAAGCUCGAGCUCGCCCGCGCGAUCCUCAUGAACGCCGACCUCCUCCUACUCGAUGAGCCCACCAACCACCUGGACGUUGGCAACGUCGCGUGGCUGGUCAACUACCUCACCUCCCAGCCAAACCUCACGGUCCUGGUCGUCUCCCACGACUCUGGGUUCCUCGACAACGUGUGCACGGACAUCAUUCACUACGAGCGAAAGAAGUUGGUGUUCUAUAAGGGCAACCUGUCGAAAUUCGUGGAGCGGAGGCCGGAGGCGAAAUCUUACUACACCCUCUCCACCGACAACGUCAAGUUCGCCUUUCCCCCGCCGGCCUUCUUGCAGGGAAUCAACUCAAAGACCAAAUCGAUUCUGAAAAUGACCGACGCGACGUACACCUACCCGGGAGCGCCCAAACCGUCCCUCAGCGGAGUGUCAGUCGGAGUCUCCCUCUCGUCCCGUGUGGCGAUCAUCGGGCCCAACGGUGCCGGCAAGUCCACGCUGAUCAAGGUCCUCACCGGCGAAGCGAUCCCCCAAGAAGGCCAAGUCUGGAAACACCCCAACCUCCGCGUCGGCUACGUCGCGCAACACGCCUUCCAUCACCUCGACCAGCACUUGGAAAAGACACCGAACCAGUACAUCCAAUGGCGGUACCAAGGCGGUGAAGACCGCGAAGUGCUCGAGAAGGAGUCCCGAAAAUUGACCGAGCAGGACGAGAAACAGAUGGAGACACCUAUCGACAUUGACGGGUCUAAACGCAGGAUCGAAUACCUCAUCGGCCGAUCCAAGCUGAAGAAAUCGUUCCAGUACGAGGUCAAAUGGGUGGGUCUGAUACCCAAACACAACACCUGGGUUCCCCGCGAGAAGCUGCUAGAGCUCGGGUUCCAGAAACUCGUGCAGGCGUUCGACGACCGUGAAGCCUCGCGCGAGGGGCAGGGGUACCGCGAGCUCUCCCCCAGUGUAAUCCGCAAACACAUCGAGGAUGUCGGCCUAGACGGCGACAUUGCAGACCAUAACGCCAUCUCCGGCCUGUCGGGGGGCCAGAAAGUUAAAGUCGUCAUUGCGGCGGCGAUGUGGAACAACCCGCACAUGUUGGUCCUCGACGAACCCACCAACUACCUCGACCGCGACUCCCUCGGCGGGCUAGCCGUCGCCAUCCGUGACUGGGGCGGCGCGGUCGUCAUGAUCUCCCACAACGAGGAGUUUGUCGGCGCGCUGUGCCCGGAGGUCUGGAACGUCGAAGCCGGUCGAUUGACACGCAAGAACAAGAACGAAAAUGGGAUCAACGCGGACGCGUUUGAGGACCAUGCGAAGGAGGAGGCUGCGAUGAAGAAGAUUGAGGCGAAGGUGGCGAGUAAGCCGAAGAAGAAGAAGAUGACGAGGAAUGAUGUCAAGGCGAGGGAGGUUAGGAGGAGGGCGAGGCAUAUGAAGUGGUUGGUUGAAGGGGGGGUUAAGGAGCCUGAUACUGACUCCGAUUAG